AUGGCAACGAAGUUUGGCACCUCUACAAACGGUCUGAUGCUUCGGUACUGGCCAAAAUGCAACACCCCUCCCGUUGCCGCACGCUACUUGAAUUCCCCUACCCAUCCACUCCGGCCCAAAAUCCUCGAUCUCUGCGGCCAUCGUGAAAGAAACAUAUUAUGGUGGCGAGUUUCGGUGUCAAACCUCCAGCAAAGUAAGCGGGUGGUUCGCUCCUGGUGCGCGCGCAGAGUUCGAAUUGCUAUUGAACAGGCUCUGAGGCAGCAAGGAUUGGAUAAGCUGGGGAAACCGCUCGUUUCUGGGUCUUCUUUGCAGAGGAGAAAACUGGCAGGAACCAUGGACAUCUACAUUCAGCCAUCGUGUGUGGCACAGGACUUCGAGGCAGUCCAAAAAGAUGCACAUCACCUAAUAUCUUUGCUUCUGAAUCAUGAAUCACCACGGAAAUGA